AGCCUUGCAAAGCACAAGCUAAGCAAGCCAACCAUGGCUGAACAGCGCAAGGUGAGGCUGUUGCCACACCUACUACUAGCACUGGUGGUUUGCUCGACCUGCUUAACAGUAGAAGCGGGCUCUGAGAAAUAUAUCUACUCAUCUCCACCGCCACCAUAUCACUAUAAAUCACCACCCCCACCAUCUCCCUCGCCUCCACCACCGUACCAUUACCAAUCUCCACCACCCCCAUCUCCGUCACCUCCACCUCCUUAUCACUACAAAUCUCCUCCUCCACCAUCUCCUUCUCCACCUCCUCCAUACCAUUAUAAAUCACCACCCCCGCCAUCGCCAUCUCCUCCUCCACCAUACCACUAUAAAUCCCCACCACCACCAUCACCCUCACCUCCACCUCCGUAUCACUAUAAGUCUCCUCCCCCUCCAUCUCCCUCUCCACCUCCUCCAUAUCAUUAUAAAUCACCACCUCCUCCAUCACCGUCUCCACCUCCACCAUAUCACUACAAAUCGCCACCUCCACCAUCACCGUCUCCUCCUCCGCCAUAUCACUACCAAUCACCACCUCCACCAUCUCCCUCUCCUCCACCCCCAUACCACUACAAAUCACCGCCUCCACCAUCACCUUCACCUCCCCCGCCAUAUCAUUACAAAUCCCCACCGCCACCAUCUCCCUCCCCUCCACCUCCUUAUCACUACAAGUCUCCCCCUCCACCAUCUCCCUCUCCGCCUCCUCCAUACCACUAUAAAUCACCACCUCCACCAUCCCCAUCACCCCCUCCACCAUACCAUUACAAAUCCCCGCCUCCACCAUCUCCCUCACCACCCCCUCCCUAUCAUUAUAAAUCUCCUCCUCCACCAUCUUCCUCUCCUCCACCAUACUUAUACAAAUCUCCUCCUCCACCAUAUCACUAAUCAUAUCCUCCUCCUCUCUUCCUUUAUGAGCUUAUUCCGUCACGGCAAUAAAAUCCAUCUCAUGGUUAAGCAAUCAAAUGUUUUAUGAGAUUGAUUGCAUCUCUGCAUCAACAAAAAUAAAGUGGAGACUUGUGCAAAUAGAAGGAACAAAUGCUAUGCUUUACUCAUGUAGUUAUCUUUCUUUAAGUAUGCGUUUCAAUGUAUUUCCCUGAAUCUGUAUGUUGUAUCAAUUUAAUGCAUUGCAUAGUAUGUUUGAAGCACAAUAAUGUUUUCUUGAA